CACAAGGACAUCUUGGCCCCAUCGCCUUCCACGCACGCCCUCGCCAUUCCUGGGCAACGGUUCUGAGCUCUUCCUUCCGACACCGAAGGGAGACGACAACAAAGCGCUGCCCGCCCCCUCGAAGCAGCGCCGGUGCUAGGAAAAACGCGGCUCCUUCAGCAUGAGCCUGGAUGCGCAGCUCGCUGCGCCCAUGGAUCCGGCCGUCGCAACCACAACACUCGGGACCUCAACCCCUCGGCGGAACCCUCCUCUGCUGUCCUCGCGCAUGCAGUACCGGAGUCGCCCCGUCUCGGUAGCAAUCGACCCUGUAUCGCUCGUCAUAUCAGAAUGCAUAUCCAUCACCUCGGCGAUUCAGAAACACGCCCGGUCCCCGCACUCGUCCGUCUCGGCCAUCCUCGGCGGCAGCCCUAAUCUCAUCCAGCUCGUCCCGCCGACCACCGGCGGGCGCCGCACGCGAAAGUCGUCUGUCGAUGCCGCCGCCGAUGGCGCCGGCGAUCUUGCCGUGAACCGAUGGGGCCUGCGCGGGAAGAAGGGCAAGAGCAUGCAGGACAACCCGCUGAUCUCCGGGUUCGGGAGGCUGCGCCAGGAGCUGGCCGGAGUCAAAGACAUAUACAGAUUCGACUCCCUCGUGCUGCUCUAUCCCUUCCUCCAGAUCAUCCAGGCCAAGGGCACCGCUGCCCCCGUCACCAUCCUCGCGCUGAGAGCGAUCCAAAAGUUCCUCGCCUACGGUUUCGUCUCCCCGGUCUCCCCGCGCUUCGCGCUCGCCAUGCAGUCUCUCUCCGCGGCCAUCACCCACUGCCAGUUCGACAUAAGCGACUCGGCGCAGGAGGAGGUGGUUCUGCUCAUGAUCCUGCACCUGAUGGAGGACAUGCUGUCCGGGCCGGGCGGAGACAUUCUCAGCGACGAGAGCAUUUGCGACAUGAUGGGACGCGGUCUGACCAUCUGCUCGCGGCCUAGGUUCUCCGAGGUGCUUCGCCGGACUGCCGAGGCGUCCAUGGUGCGCAUGGUGCAAAUCAUAUUCGAGGACCUGAAGCACCUCGAGGAGGAGGCCGGGGAAGAGAGCGAGGCGUUGGACCGACAGACCAGCGGGGACAUGGACUCGGUCAACAUGGACCCCGCCGCCAACGGGACCGACGUUCCGGCGACGGGGCCAGAGGCGGCCGACGCCGCCGAGGCUCCUGCCGCGGCUCCCAGUGACCGUGGCGUGGCUCCCGGCGACGCGGCAGCCGAACCCGCCGGUGCCCCGAGGCCGUCAUCAAGCUCGGCGCGGGAGAGAAGCCGCUCGGAAACACCCAGGAGCCCCGACGCGGACGCGAGUAGGCCGAGCACCAGCUCAGCAGCCACCGAGAGCGCUUCCUCAUCGGUCGACCUCCGCCCGUACUCUCUGCCGUCCAUUCGGGAGCUGUUCCGGGUGCUCGUGAGCUUUCUCGAUCCUCACGACCGCAAACACCCCGAUCAGAUGAGGGUCAUGGCCCUGCGCAUCAUCCACGUGGCGCUCGAAGUAGCAGGUCCGUCGAUUGCCCGGCAUCCGGCCCUCGCGUCGAUUGCCGAAGACCAGCUCUGCCGCCACCUCUUCCAGCUCGUGCGUUCCGACAACAUGGCCGUGCUUCACGAGGCUCUGAUAGUGGCCGGCACGCUGCUCUCGACGUGCCGGGGCGUGCUCAAGCUGCAACAGGAACUCUACCUGUCCUAUCUCGUGGCCUGCUUGCAUCCGGCAGUGGAGAUCCCACGCGAGCCCGGCAUCGACCCGAGUCUCUACUCCGGUAUCCCGCAGUCGCCCAAGUUGGUCAAGCCAUCGCCGUCGCAACCGAGCAGCGGCCGUUCCACUCCCGUGGCUGUCAAGGACCGCCAGAAGCUCGGGCUAGAAGGCGGCGCUCGCAAGCCGGACGCCAGGCAGGCCAUGGUGGAGAAUAUCGGCAUGCUCGCGCGCAUGCCCACCUUCAUGACCGAGCUGUUCGUCAACUACGACUGCGACGAGGAUCGCGCAGACCUGUGCGAAGAUCUGGUCGGGCUGCUGGCUAGGAACGCCCUGCCCGAUUCGGCCACCUGGAGCACCACCAGCGUUCCGCCUCUCUGCCUGGACGCGCUCCUUCGCUUCAUACAGUUCAUCGCCGAGAGGUUGGACCAAGCCCCCGAGACCGAGGGAUACCCUGACCCGGCAGCGCUGCGAGAGAGGCGGCGCAGGAAGAAGCUCAUCAUCGAGGGCGCCAACAAGUUCAAUGAGAACCCCAAGGGCGGACUCGCCUACCUCCAGGAGAAGGGCAUCAUCGAGGACGCCAGCGAUCCGACUUGUGUCGCCAGGUUCCUUCAGGGUACCUCCAGGAUCAACAAGAAGAUUCUCGGCGAGUUCCUGUCCAAGAAGGGCAACGAACCCAUCCUGGAUGCCUUCAUGAACAGGUUCGAUUUCACCGGCAAGCGGGUUGACGAAGCGCUCCGGGUCAUGCUGGAAACUUUCAGGCUUCCCGGGGAGUCAGCAUUGAUCGAGCGCAUCGUCAACUCGUUCACCGAGAAGUAUUGCUCUAGUUCAGUCCCCGAAGGAGUGGCGAACAAGGACGCCGUCUUCAUCCUCACAUACGCCAUUAUCCUCCUCAAUACGGAUCAGCAUACUCCGACGCUGAAGAACAGGGCCCGGAUGACGUUCGAGGACUUCUCUCGAAAUCUCCGUGGCCAGAACGAUGGUAAAGACUUCCCUACGGACUACCUGCAGGACAUCUUCGACACCAUCAGGACCAAUGAGAUCAUCCUGCCGGAUGAACACGACAACAAGCACGCGUUCGAUUACGCCUGGAAGGAGCUGCUCCUGAAGACCGACGAAGCAGGCCCGCUGGUGCUCUGCGACACCAACAUCUACGAUGCCGACAUGUUCGCCACCACAUGGAACCCCAUCGUUUCCUGCCUCUUCUUCGUCUUCAUGUCCGCCACCGACGACACCGUCUAUGCGCGCGUCAUCACCGGCUUCGACGAGUGCGCUCGCAUCGCGACCAAGUACGGCAACUCGGAGGCGCUAGACGAGAUUAUCUACCGGCUGAGCUACAUCUCGACGCUCGGCAACGAGGCGCUCUCUAAUACGUCACUCAACACGGAGGUGCAGGUCGGGGACAACAGCGUCAUGGUCAGCGAACUGGCGGUCAGGUUCGGCCGGGAUCUGCGCCCCCAGCUGGCGACGCUGGUACUGUUCCGUGUCAUUACCGGCUCGGAGCAUGUCAUCAAGAAGAGCUGGAAAUAUAUCAUCCGCAUCUGGCUCAACCUCUUUGUCAACUCGUUGAUACCCCCGUUCUUCUCUACCGAGUCCGACAAGCUCGAUCUGCCGCCCAUCCCAUCGCAGCCGCCGUCGCAAGUGAUCGACCGCGGGGCGAAGCAGAGCGAGACCGGCUUCUUCUCGGCCUUCACAUCGUACAUUUCGAGCUACGCGGCCGACGACCCUCCCGAGCCGUCGGACGAGGAGCUGGAGAGCACGUUAUGUACUGUGGAUUGCGUGAACCAGUGCCACAUGGGCGACGUGUUUGCCAAUGUUGCGCACCUUCCCAGCCAUAGUCUCGAGGCGCUGGUGGAUGCUCUGCUAGAGCAGAUUCCGGAAGACAGCGGGCCUUCGGUAAUCACGGUCAAGGCGGAAAAUAUCCCGCCGUCACCGGCCAAUGGCCAGAAACCCAGGCAGAGCAACGCGCUCUACGACCCUGGCCUGGUCUACAUUCUCGAGUUCUGCACCGUGCUGGCCCUCCGCGACAACGCCACCGUCGAAUUGCUCGGAAAGCGCGUGGUGGAGGCCAUUCAAACCAUCCUGAGGGACGUCCCUCGCUAUCACCCGAUCCUGAUCGAGCGGGCGACCUUUUAUCUCUUCAGCUUGCUCCAGGCGAGCUACGACUAUGAUUACGUCCGGGUCCCCAUCCUCCUCCACACCGUCUCGAGCUUCCCCAAGGAUACUCUGGUCAAGGCCUCAAGCCUCGUGCUCCGCGGCCUCAGGCUCUGCACCGAGAAGCCUUGCCCGCUGCGGAACGAGAUCAUGACCUCGCCCGAUUUCUGGGUCAUCCUGCAAACCCUUGCUCCGAUUCCUGACGCGGCGCCCACCGUGUUUGAGAUCCUCGAGAACGGCGUCUCGGGAACGCCGUCGGCCAUCAUGGCCGACAACUACGAAGCUGCGCUCGCGCUGCUGAACGAGUUCGCCUCGAUGGCGAGUGUCGGGGCCGUCGCGGAGCAGCAAAACGAUCGGAAGCAGGGGCGGAAGAGCGGGCGGCCUGGGAAGCCUGAGAAGCCGAGGUGGGUUGUUCUUCCGGAAGAUGGCGUUUCAGGGGGGCUGUUGGUAUUGCUGACACGAACCAAAAUCACAGCGAGAACGCCGUUGUCGAACGCGGCGUCAAGGCGCUGAAUAACAUCUACCGCAUGACGGAGCGUAUCCCCCAUCUCAUGAAGCAAUCUCACCUGGAAAGCAGUG